UGGGUAUUGGGGUUCGGUCUUUUGGGCUCACUUUUUCUUCUUGUUUCUCCCUCUCCUUCUUUUCCUCCCUUGUCCUCACUUCAUCUUCUUCGUCAUCUUUCGCUUCAAUCUCGUUCGUUCGUUUCGAUCUUAUUGUGUUAGUGGGACUAUCUUGUUUUGCCACUCUUUUGUGGCGUGGCUUCGGGGGGUCUUACCUAGUAACUUUCACCACCUGGGCAAAUAGUACUCACUCUACUUACGUCUUUCUACCCGUUCGUUCUAAACCAAUAGUUUCUCCCCUCGUCCAUACCAACAACCGGGGGCUUCCAACUCUUUUUUAUUUUAUUUUAUGCCUUCUUUUGUCUAUCGCUUUCACCUGUUCUCGACUUAUCUUUUUCAGCGACGGUCAAUAGGAAAAAUUUAACUUUUGACUCAAUUCUACUGUUGGAUUAGCCGUCUUUUCUAUUUAUUUCGGUUGCUUACCUCAAACCACCUUCCAGAUCUUCUGGUGGUCGCGUGUGAUUCCCAUAUUCCCCAUGAGUCCCGUCAUCCGGUCCGAAUCUACAUCCGAACAAAGCUGCGUCCACGUUUAAUUUUUACGUUGGACAAAAGUACGUAUGACCAGGCGCCAUGGCGAUAUGGCCGUUUGGUCGGAAGAGUAAGCGGCAUACUAUCCAGUUGGAUACAGCUGCUGCGGGAGAGCUCCAUAUACCACAAGAAUCUCGCCUGAGCCUGGACGACGCCAAAUUUGGGAGGAAACCUUCUCGCAAGAAAUCUAAGCGGCAAAAAAACCGACACUUACAGCCGGCUGACGAUUUCGCGGGUCCUGUUCAAGAUGCAGCACCGCCUCUCUCUUCUCAACAGAUCUCGUAUCCUCCACCUACGUCACAUAGCGAGCAGGUGCAUCUCGUGAAAGGUGCACGGGACCCCUCAGCCCGGACAGGCUUUACCCCGGAUGGUUAUAUCUCUUAUUCUACCAUCGGUCAAGACCAGCCCUCAUUGUCUCGAAAUGCGUCGCUGCGGAGACAAAAUCGUUCCGAUAAUGGGCCUGCGGUCCUGAAGAAAAAGCUAAGCAAGCGAAAGGCCUACGAGAUUGCUAGGGAGCGUGAGAUUCGUCUGAUGUCCUCAUCUCCAAUCGAUAUUCCUCGCCGUUCCACUACCCUCCCCGGUGAACAAGGCUCUGCCUACACCCGCAGGGCACCUAGGGCCCAGAGUCGUCGUUCAGACAGACACCUGUCUGACGUCAGCCUUUCGCUUCGUGACUCUGCGUCUUCACUUUCUGAUUACUCUGAAUCCUGUACUUUUAAAGUUAACGGUUUUGCUGCCUGGACUCCCCGUCCCGUUAUCCGCUAUGUGGAAACUCCUCGGGUUCCCACCGCAAGGAGUUUAAAGCCAUCUGAAGCAUCAACUCGAAGGGAGAGGAUAACAGCUAUCUCUGUCUCAGAGGAUAAUAUUCAGUCGAAGAAAAGAAUCGACAAUCUGGCCGACGAUCUUGAUGCAGGUGCUUUGAGGGAACUGCUGGAAAGGGAUCGCCGACGGAGGGAGAGGAAGAAAGCUGAAGAAUAUGAAAAACUGCAACGCAAACUACAGCACGCUGCUGAGCAACAAAGAUUGGAGGAAAGGAUUGUCCGUACUUCUCAGGAUCAACAAGGUGAAUCGCAGGAUAUGCCUGCAGCUCUGCGCGGCCGGCCGAGUGCUGAAUACCAAGCUGAUCCUAGAGAUCGUGUCGCUGAAGAUGGAUCUGGGUUCAACGAGACAGGACCUCAUGCUCUUGGGGUUUCAUCUGGCUCAUGGCUGCGGGACAUUUCCAAAGGCACCGAACGGAGUGACCGGCAUUCAUUAGAGAGUGUCCAUGUCAUCGGUAACAUUGAUGAUAACUCUAUUCGAGAACGGAAGUUGGGUAUGCGCCGCAGUUUUGUUCCAUCACAAGAGAUGGGUAUGUCGCGUAGCACUCUAUCACCGUCCCACUCACCGACAAGACGCGAGGUUUACAGCCCUACUUCCUCUCAAGCCUACGGAUUCGGCAGGGAAUCCACCUCAGAUGUAUCCCGUACUAUGGACUCAGAGCGACGGUUAUCAGAUCAUAGCAGUGGGCGCGUCAACACAAUAACAUCCCUAUUUAGACGUGGUAGCUCCCGUCUCAAGCGGCGCUAUCGCGAACGUUUCCAAGACCGUGGUUCGGAGUUCUCGUCGAAUGCGUCGCACGAAUCCUUCUUCAAGGUUCCAACACGAUCUUCAGGACCUCCUCCAUAUGUUCCUCCAAAACCCUUCCUCCAUUCAGGAACAGUGAAACGUUCUCAAUCCAAGUUCAGGGAACAUUUCGGGGACGAGCCUCUAUCACCCCCCGAUUCGCGUCUACAAUCGCCCGAUAUUCCUGAAGAGCCUGUUGAACACUCCGAGAUAGAAACCGAAAACUUGGACUUGCGCGAAAGAACGCAGUACCCAAUCCCUGGGUCUGACUUAGAACUCCAGGACCCCCGCGGAAAUGGCCAUAAUUCUUGGACGGGUGAUAGCAUGGAAGGUGACGUUGAUAACGUCCCUCUAUCUCAGUCUCUGGCAUCGAUAGAUUCAGAAGGGUCUUGGAUGUCAGGUCAAUUCCUCCGUCGCAUCUCUCAGAGGACGAGCACCCCGGGCCGGCCAAGUCUCAGUUCCUCCAGGAACAGGUUGGUCGAAGAACGCGAAGAGGCGCCUAAGGAAGGAGAGAUCUCGAGUAAUGAACAGCUGGUCAAGUUUAGCACCAAUCAUGACGAGAACGCCAGAGCUAGCCACGUCCUUGGUGAGCAAGAGAACGACUUUGAAAUGGUUAAUGCGCCAGAGCCGGCAGAGGAAACUUGGCAUCAGGAGAUUGCAAAGCGUCCUGUGCUCGUCAACCCAGCGAUCCGGCCCAAGUCGAACGAGGGUCUGCUCAACAAUGUCCAAUCUCUAUCUGCGAUCUCUGUAGAAGAGGAGUUCAGCCCAAUUGAGGAGCACCCAGCUGAAUUUCAUUUUGAGACUAAUCAUGGCUAUGACCGCCGUUAUGGUCAUUGAGGAAUCACCACAACACCGAGAAACUUGACUGGGGUCUUAUUACUGAGCACGGCCUUGGUGACGUGAUGUUUAUUCGCCAACUUUUAUCUUCCUGGCGUUCUUCCAUAUUAAGAGUAUUUAAUCAGCCUCUAGUAUAUACCCCAGUCACUCCUUUGAUACUUUCCUUUGUCUCUCCUUU